GUUAGUUGAACGCUUGUACCAGCGUCGGCUCGUACGUAGUCGUGUGUAAUCCUAACAAAACAAAGCGUGGUGGUGGAAUCUAAAACAGAAAUAAGAUGAAUAAAGUGAACAUAGAAAGGUUAAUUGACAUGAUCCACGAACAUAAAUGUUUAUGGGAUCAGAAUGAUUCGAGUUAUCGUAAGCGUGGGUUUCAGGAUACAGCAUGGCUUAAAAUAUCUAAAGAAAUGAAAAUACCUGUUGAUACACUAAAAAAGAAGUGGCGCGGGCUAAGGGACACUUUCGGGAUAGAACUAAAGAAAGUCGACAACAGAAUUAAUUCUGGUGAAGCUACUACAGAAACUGAAUCUAAAUGGGCCCACUACAAGCACAUGUUGUUUCUACGAAACAUUAUGAGGUCUCGAAACAACCAAAACAGAAGCAUACGAGUACCACAAUCGAGUGAGACUUUUCUGCCCGAAUGUAUUAAGGGAGAAGAAGAAACAAACAUAAGUUCCUUUUCCGAUAACUACCAACCUUCGCCAUCGCCCUGCCAGUCUUCCACAAUAGCCUUCACACCACUACAAAUUGAAGAUGACAACUUAAAAUGCUUUCCAGAAAUCACAUACGACUCGGAUGCCCAGUUCCUAAUGAGCCUCUUACCAUUUUUAAGAGAUGUCCCUAAACAUCGGAAAUUACAAGUUCGAGCAAAAUUACAGCAAGUCUUUAUAGAUGACUUCGAUGUUCACAAUCCUGAUCCAAUACAAUGUUGAAAAAAAAUCACCUUUGAAUGAGAGUGUACCUUAGGUCUAAGCUUUUAUCAUAAAAUCCAUAAUAAAAUAGGAAGCCUCAAAAGGCAACAAUACGCUACGGAAAUUAAGAAAAAAAAAAGAAAAACUCACCCCUCGAUAUUUGCGGAGGGUGGCAACCACAGACUAAACAGGGUGGCGGAUUACGCCCGCCGGCCCGGCCGGCUGCCAUCGAUUGCUAGUACCAUCCGAGUACAUGUGACUAGAAACACCUCCCCGACACAAUAUAUUAUUU